AUUAAAUAAAUAAGGCCACAACCGCUACACCAAAACCUCCACUCUCUCUCACUUGCGCCGCCGGUUUUGAGUAGUCGGCCACCCUAGAAUUUGAUAAGGAUGACCACCACCAGGAAGAUAAAAAUGGACAUAAUCGAGAUGGCUAGCAAAAAUAAGGGAAGGAGGAUUGUACCUUGUAGCUGUACGAGGAAAAAAAGGAAGCUUAAUACUCCUUUCCCUAGCGAUUUAAUAUUUAGCAUCCUUCUCUGCCUUCCGGCAGACAUUAUUUAUGGGGUGAUGCAAUAUGUUUCCCGGGAGUGGUAUAACAUAGUCCGCAGCCCGUCAUUUGUUUAUUCCCACCUCAAAAAAUCAACUCAUGGUUUUCUACUUCAGGUCCCUUAUAACGAACCCAUUAGUUUUUUGGCAAUGGGGAAGAAGGGCGAUGAGGUUGAGCUAAGGGAGGUAGAAUUUCCGUGCUUCGGUGAUUUUGAAUCCAGUUGUAAUGGUUUACUAGUCAUGGUUCAUCCUGUUUGGAUCGAACAGUUUUAUGUCGCGAAUCCUGUUUUAAAUCAGCAGAUUGCCCUCCCUCCAUGUCCUAGCAUAGAUGGCAUCAGAAGCUGCACUCUUGUGUAUGCAGCUUCAUCUGGAGUGUACAAAGUGGUGUAUGGCAGUGGCACAGAAGCUGAGUAUGUAUUAACCGUGGGUGAAACGGCGUGGAGGCCCCUCCAGACCAGCCAAUUAACUGCCAAACUUGUCUAUCUCUUGCAAUAUCGCCCUUUAUCUCUAGGGGGUUUUCUGUACUGGGCUUCAAACUCGGACCAGUUUGUCGUUAUCUUGAAUGUUGAAACAGAGACUUUUCACCAGAUUCCUCUCCCACAGGGUUGCACGAAUAGGUGGUCAAUACAGAUGUUUUCAAUGGGGAGUUCUCCCUGCCUAAUGUGGCAAAAAGAAGAAUAUGUGUGGGCACUAUGGUUGCUGACCGAUCAGGAAACUGGGACAUGGGCAAAGAUGCCGGAUGUUAAUUUACUGGGUCACUGUCUUGCAAUCCAAGUCUGGCAUCGCGGUCUGCAAUCUCGUUUCACGCCUAUAGGAUGGCUGAAAGAGAGUGAGCUGAUCGUGUUUAGGAUAUCGUCAUGUGAUCCAAGAAUCGUAGUCUACAAUGUCAGGUUGGAGAAGAUUCAUUGCACAUUUCCAGUCAUUCCCAGGAGAAAUGCCAGCCUGUUCUGGGCUCCUCAUGUCAAUAGCUUGGUGUCUUUGCGCAACCUGUAUGCCACUUGAUGUGAGCCUAACUCAAUGUUUUGUUCAAGAAAUUGUUCCAUUGUUCAAGUUUAAGAUUGUUGGGUCUUAAAGACACACAUUUAUGAUCACGAUUCUCAUCAAACGUGUUUGGUAUGCAUUGUUUGGCUUUGUAUGUCAUGGUCACUUUCACGCAAGUAUCUCACGGACCGGGUGCAGAUAGACAUGUUGUGUAAACUAGGUAGCUCUUUCCAAAUCAACUUUGAUAUGUUGGUGGUUUGGUGCCUUGAUGAACAAUAAGUGUUUUUUGUUAUGUCUUCUUGAUCAUGUAAAAGUAAGAUGGGUGUGUUUAUGUAAUCUAUUGAUGGAUGCUCUUAAGACAGAUUUCA